UUCUUCUUCGGAAUAGUCUCUGCAAAAGAAGUAAACUGAUUGAGAAACAGAACAGAACUCCAUUUCCAUCGCUCCAUUCUUCAGAUCCAACGCCCAAUUUCUUCCCCAGAAAGCUAAAACCCAUUUUUCCUUCCGCCCCAACAAAUUCUCCCCCCGAAAAACCCUUAGAUCCGUGCAAAUUUCACUCUAAAACCCUCGAUUUUCCUUCAAUGUCACGGGUCAAAUUCGCCGCCGUCUACGGCACCGUGCCCUCUCCGCCCGCCGCCACAUUCCCCACCACUUCCGGCGAAGCUCCUCCAUCUUUCCCCUCCAGUUCCUCCUUUCUCGAACACGCUAAAACUACCACGCAAUCCCUAAUCGCCAAACAGCGGCCAUGGCGAGAGCUCCUCGAUUUCUCCGCCUUCUCUCUCCCUUUAAGCUCCGAUGACGCUAUGGCGAGAAUCCGCCAGAACGUGAACUACUUUCAUGUCAAUUACGCCAUGGUGAUGCUCGUCAUCGUCUUCUUCAGCUUAUUCUGGCACCCGACUUCGUUCUUCGUUAUCUUGCUCGUCUUCGUUGCUUGGUUGUUCUUCUACUUCCUCCGCGAUCAGCCUCUCGUUCUCUUCGACCAAACGUUCGAUGAUAAAGUUGUUUUGGGGGUUUUGAGCAUUUUUACAAUCAUCGCUCUUGUUUCUACUGAUGUCGGAUCGAAUGUUUUGGGAGCCCUAACAACAGGGACCGUCGUUGUUGCGUUGCACGCGGCGUUUCGGAGUACGGCGGAUCAAUUUCUCGAUUUGGAGACUGCUACACAAGGGGGAUUGCUGUCGGCUGCGGGAAAUCAGCAACAACAACAACAACGAGGCUACACUCGGAUUUGAUGGGGUUUAUGUCAAAUUGCUGUUCUUCCUGGCUUGGAUUGUUUUGACAUUAGAGAUCCUUGAUGGGAUUGUUGGAUUGAAUUCCUUAUUGCUUGCUUGCUGGGAUUCAUCUUGUCAAUUGGAAUCUGGUUUAUUCAAGAUGCAUAGUCAAUGCAUUUACAGGGUUUAUGUCAAAUUGCUGUUCUUCCUGGCUUGGAUUGUUUUGACAUUAGAGAUCCUUGAUGGGAUUGUUGGAUUGAAUUCCUUAUUGCUUGCUUGCUGGGAUUCAUCUUGUCAAUUGGAAUCUGGUUUAUUCAAGAUGCAUAGUCAAUGCAUUUGUAGGGUUUAUGUCAAAUUGCUGUUCUUCCUAGCUGGGAUUGUUGUGACAUUAGAGAUUCUUGAGCUAGGAUUAGAUGAUACUGGUAUGUCAAAUUGCUGUUCUUCCUGGCUUGGAUUGUUGUGACAUUAGAGAUUCUUGAGCUAGGAUUAGAUGAUCCUGGUAUUUAAUUUCCAUGGUUUGAUUUGUAUAUUUGGGAUGCAGGGGUUUCUUGAAUUUGGUGGAAGAGUUCUUCAUGCUUUUGCCUGUUUUUUUCAUACGUAUAUGUAAAUUAUUCAAUGAUCAACGGUGGCUCACCUCGCAAACUUGAACAUUUAGCAGGAGGAGCUAUGAUUUGCCUUUGUUCUAUAAUCUUGUGCUUGCAUCGUUUGAUUUGAUCUUCUCUGAAUUUGUGAUUA